AUGCCAGGCAGUCCGGCGAAGAUGCUUCCCCCAAUGCAACCCAUGCAGCAGCAACCACAGCUGCAGUCAAAUAACCAGAGCAGCUACCCGGCCUAUAUGUACCCUCAAUCUGCUGCCGAACCCACGCUUUUACCAAAAAGUCAUUCCACAAAUGGUCCGCCCGUUCCCUCAGUACCCUACCAAAACAUAGAUGACGCCGUCCUAGCAAAUCAGGUUGGAGCCCUAAACUUGGGCCACUCAGACAACACCUAUGCCGGUAGUUAUGCGGCACCACCCCAGCAAUAUAUGAUGAACAAAUACUCUCAACCGAUGCCGUACAACAAUAACCCCCACUCAAUGCCGCCGGGGAUGGCUAGUCCCCCUCCGAUGUCGCCACCGACGAUGGUUAAUUCCCCUCUAAUGCCGCCAUCGGCUUCUCUACAGCCUAAGUACCCGGCGCCACAGUAUGUCCAGCAAGUGCAGCCUACCCCAAUACAACCACAGCCGUUGUAUCGGGGCGGUUAUCCACCGGUGGGAAUGAUGCCACCAACACCACCAGCUCCACAACCCGCUAUGCCCCAGAAAACGCAGUCGGCUCGAGCGAUGGCGGAUAGUAUGCCAAAUGCUAUUGAGGUGAUUGAGAAUGAUCGAGCUCAACGCGGUGCCGCCUCAGGAGUGGUCUUCCAGACUGGUGCGACAGGCGUAGCCCCGCCACUCUCCACCACGGACUUUGUUUGCCGCGACGAGGGCAAUUGUAACCCGCGUUUUGUACGCUCAUCCCUCUACAACGUGCCAACAACAGCGGAUCUGCAAAAACAGGUCGGUUUACCCUUUGUCCUCAGUAUCCAGCCCUUCGCACACCUUCAUCCAGACGACCAACCCCUCGUGCUCACUGACAUGGGCCCACAGGGUCCUGUCCGUUGCGCCCGAUGCAAGGCCUACAUGUGCCCCUUCUUCGUGUUCAUUGACGGAGGACGUCGUUUCCAGUGCAGCCUCUGCGGAGCGUCCACAACAGUAGCGCAGGAAUACUUUGCUCACUUGGAUCACACAGGUCGUCGAAUUGACGCCUUUCAACGCCCCGAACUUUGCCUCGGCUCCUACGAGGUGGUUGCCACAGCGGAGUACUGUCGUGACAACACACUGCCUUUACCGCCAGUCUACAUCUUCCUGUUGGAUGUGUCAGCUGCCUCAGUGAGAUCGGGAUUGGUCAAUCUCUUCUGCUCCCGAUUCAUCACCGACAUUCUACCACACCUGCCGAGAGACAAGCAAGAUAUAGCUACCGGCACAGUGACGGAAAGCAGCUCAACACCAAUCUCUAUCGGUUUCAUCACUUACGAUAGUCAGUUACACUUCUACAACUUCGUUCGGGUCAACCCGACAGAUACCAAUUCAACGGCUCUACUAAAGGCGCACAUGAAUGUGGUUGCAGACACUGUGGAAGUUUUCGUCCCUUCUCUGGAGGGCUUUUUAGUGGAACCCAAUGCAGCUGCCCUGACUCAUCUGCUUAGCACUAUUCCGGGUCAGUUUGCGCAGCUGCAGAACGCUGCAGCCAGCGCCAAUCUCCCAACACCGGAACCGAUCCUCGGGCCUGCGGUGCAGGCUGGUCUGGAAGUUCUAAAAGCUGCGAAUCGGUGCGGAAAACUCUUCAUCAUGCAUUCGUCGCUGCCUACUGCUGAUGCACCGGGAAAGCUGAAAUUCAGGGAGGAUAGACAUCUUAUUGGGACGGAUAAGGAGAAGACUCUGCUUCAGCCGGCCACCGACUACUACACCAAACUGGGAAAGGAAUGCGUGGAGGCAGGCGCUAGUGUUGAUCUCUUUCUUUUCCCCAACUCUUUUAUCGAUGUCGCCACCAUCAGUGAGGUGCCCAAGCUCACUUCGGGCAACCUCUUCAAAUACUCAUACUUCCAGGCCGAUCUGCAAGGUGAUCAGUUUAUUGCAGAUCUGCGAAAUGCUGUGGGAUUGCCGGAAGCCUUCAAUGCUGUUAUGCGAGUUCGCACCAGCACGGGAACGCGACCCUUUGAAACGCUGGGCAAUAUUAAUUUGCCCAACGCAACAGAUGUAGAGUUUGCGACUUUGGAUGCUAACCAGACGGUGGUAUGUGAGAUCAAGUAUGAUGAUAAACUGAGUGAGAAUGACUUCGUCUUCAUUCAGGUGGCAGUGCUUUACACCUCCGUAGGCGGUCACCGUCGCUUGCGCAUUCACAACCUCUCCCUGGCCACCUCGUCAACGCCUGCGGAUAUUUUCCGUCUCGCUGAUCUCGACACCCUUCUCACGUGGCACGCGCGUCUGGCGGUGCAACACGCCCCCGUCAGUCGCACUCCCUCCACCGCUCUGACUGAGGUCACUGCCGCGGUGGCUACGGCACUCGCUGGCUACCGCCACCUGUGCACCAAUUCGAGUGGCGGUGGCCCGGGCGGCGUUGGCGCCAGUCCCGGUGAACUGGUGCUGCCCGAGACCAUCAAACUGAUGCCACUCUACGCUCAGUGUCUGAUCAAGACGGAUGCCAUCAAAUCAGCAAAGAACACCUCCAUCGAUGAUCGUGCCUACCUCCUCUUCCUGCUGAACUCAAUGAGUCCCAAGGCGACGAACAACUUUGUUUAUCCACGAGUUUACCCUCUUCACGAGGUAGUUCCAGAAACGGCUGGCAAUGAGUUGCCCACACCGAUCCGCUGCUCAUACGAGCGUCUUGAUCCGGAAGGUGUUUACUUCGUCGAGAACGGCGUUUACGCCUUUCUAUGGUGCGGUCUCCAGGUGAAUCCUAUGUGGAUUCAGCGGGUAUUCGGUGUCACCGAUGUCCACGUGCUACAACCUGAAAAGGCUACUUUAACCGAGUUGGACAAUCCCCUCUCAAAGUGCAUUUGCCGUCUGGUGCUUCCAGUGCUUUCUCAGUUCACCCACUUUCCUCGGUUACGCGUUAUUCGUCAGAACGAACUAUCCGAGGCCUGGAUUCGCCGCCUCAUGUAUGAGGAUCGUGACGACUGUGGAAAUGCCACCUACGUGGAAUAUCUCUGUCAUGUGCACAAGGAGGUUCGAGCCCUUCUCAAGUAG